GCCGGGAAGUUGUCGUCGGCAGCGAACGGUUGCGCCACGUGUCCGGUGGAGGGAAGGAAGGAAGGAGUAGGUAACGAGGAUCGAACGAAGAGGGGGAGGAGGAGGAGGAGGGAGAGAAGGAGGCAGAAGCGGGAGACGAAGGAGGGGAGGAGGGAGAAGUGGGAGAAGAAGGAGAGGAGGGAGGAGAGAGCAGAGGUGGUAGAAGAAGGAGAAGAGGGGAAAGGAGGGCAAAGAAGGAGGGAGAGCAGGACGCAGAGGUGGCAGACGAAGGAGAAGACGAGGGAGGGAGGCAGAAGGAGGCAUCGAGAGGAGGCAUCCAGAGGAGGAGGAGGAGGUGGUGGAUUAGCGUUGAAGCGGAGCGAAGUGGGAGAGAAGAAAACAUAUAGCAGUUACAGCGUGAGUUAACCCGGCGAUGGCUAUGGCGGCCAGGGGCUCCCACAACAGGAUCGUUGAAUUUUGGUCGUGGAUACGGCGUCAUCAAUUAGCGCUGCUUGGCUUGGCCUUCAUUCCCGCUGCUGCGUGGCUGUUCAUCUCUUUCUGUCUUCCGUCUUUCUGUCCUCUCCACGACCAUCCUACCGGUCCUCCCAAGUAUUUGACUCUUCGGAUUCUCAAGGAUGCCCUGUCCACUGGCGCUGUCUGCUUAGAUGGCACUCCACCGGCCUAUCAUUUCAGGAAAGGAGCAGGAUCUGGCGCGACGCGAUGGAUACUCUUCUUCGAAGGAGGGGGAUGGUGUUACUCGAAGAGAGAGUGUGUCUGGCGCAGCAAGGGAGGACUGGGGUCCAGCAAGUACCUGAGCCCAAGGGUUACGUACGGUGGCAUGUUCUCUAACAAGCAGGAUGUCAAUCCCGACUUCUACAACUGGAAUGUGGCGUACGUGCACUACUGCGAUGGAGGUUCAUUUGCUGGGGGUGUGGACACGGCUGUGGUGUCGAAAGGCAAGAAGAUCUUCUUCAGGGGACGUAGAAUAGUCGAUGCUGUCGUCGAUGAUCUCAUGGCUUCGGGGCUCAACAAGUCGACACAUGUUAUGAUCGGUGGCUGCUCCGCCGGGGGCUUAUCUACCUUCUUGAACUGCGAUUACAUACGAAGCAGACUAGGGGACAACAAUGCCGUCGUCAAGUGCUUAUCUGAUGCAGGGAUGUUCUUAGAUAUACCAGAUAUAACUGGGACUUUGACGAUCCAACCAAAGUAUGAGAGGGUGUUCAAUAUGCAGAACAUCGUAAGCACCGUCGACAAGGCGUGCCUGCAAGAUCGUUCCCCAAGCUCCUCCUACAAGUGCUUUUUUGCUCAGUACCUUCUUCCUCACAUCAAGACCCCUUUCUUCGUCUUGAACAGCAACUACGACACGUGGAGUCUUGCCAACAUCUUCGUGCCCAGGUCGGCAGAUCCCGACGGCGACUGGGAAGGCUGCAUUAUGUACAGCGAGUGCAAUUCAACACAAGCACAGUUCCUACGGGCUUUUAACGCAAGCAUGCGCGAAGCUGUGAGACCGGCCAUAGAACGACAGGAGGAUGGUGUAUUUGCGUACUCAGCUGCCUCUCACUGUGUUACGCACUCGAGCGAGUUCUGGACUGGCCUUCGAAUUGGAGAUGAGGUGCUGCGAGAUGCUGUGGGGUCUUGGUUCCUAGGUCGCGCACAAAAUGCCACGUGGCUUGAUGACAAGUUUCCUAUUGACAUGGAGGACACCAUGUGAAAGAAGAAAGGGUUUGAACUUUGAUGCCAUGAGAGCAGUGAACACUGAAAUUUUGUCCAUGCAAUGAAGCUCCCAAGAUUCG